UGUGGCCGUUAUCUCCGUGAAAAUUCCGUCAACUCUACCUCUUUCCCUAUAAAUACCCCGCUCUAACGCACUGUGAUUUCAAACCUAAGCCAAACAUUCGGAUUUCAAAUCAGCGUUUCUCUAUUCACCAAGCAGCUCAGGAACUUUUAAUUGUUUACCAAGAAAAUGUAAAUUGGUCUGUGAUAGAAAAUAAGCGCUGGCUUGAAUUAGGUGAAAAUUACCUUCUACUGGGUUGGUAUGGUCCAUGGAUUGUCAUGUCAGCCAAGAAAUGAUGAAUUAGUUGUUUAGAGGAACCAAGGGGAUAUUUUUUUAUAUGUACUUUAAUAUUUGCUGUAUAUUAGAAUACUGGGUGAUGGCUACAUCUGUUUCAUGCUUCUUCUUGGAUUUCAAUAUGCAGAUGAGUAGAGAGUUAUUUUAAUAAUGUAACACUGUUGCAUUUCCUUGGAACAUGAAUAUGAGGAAGGCAACUAUGGUUUGAUUGUUUUGUGUUACUGCUUACAGGUCAGUUUUUGGAGGUGCUCGGGUUCAGGUUCUAUUCAAGGAAUUAUAAAGCUGAAUUUAGUUUUGACUAGGAAGGGUGUGGUUGAUCAGUUCUGCAUUGGGAAUAAUUAUUUCUUUUUGGGCUACAUAUCGUGGGGAAGAGCUGAUGAUAAAAGCAUAGCAUGGACUCACAGCAGCUUUUCACAGUUGGCAUUUCUAGUGGAGGAUUAUCAAACGCAUCUUCUCAUUCUACUGCCUCUCCAGUAGCUAAGAGUUUGAUUGGGUCUAUAAAAUUUGACAAGAGAAACUCACCUAACUCACCUUUUUCAAGUCAGUUUGAGUGUGAUGCUGUUACCACUUUGAGUGACAGCCCUUCUUGUAAUUCUUCACUGGAAUCCACCAGUUAUUAUCAUCAGUUAAGCCCUUCUGUAGACAGCCUAGCGCUCUAUCCUCGUGGGACUUCAUAUGUAGAGAAAGCAAAUUGUAGCCAGAAUAUAGAAUACGUUUUGCAGGAAUUUGAGACUGAACUGAUGGCACUUGAUGGAGACAAAGAAGUAUCAACACUGAAUUCUUCUUAUGGGGAGAGUGGUAUUCUGCAUGCAUCUGGCCAUCAUAGAUCUAGAACUUCUUCGAGCCAGGCCCAUCAGAUGUUGAAGCCUCAGCCAUCUGUUAUUUCUAGGUAUAGGCAGUUGGGUGAAGGUGCUCCAAUGGAGAAUCACUGCAACACAAUGCUGGAAUCAUCAUUGCUGGGUUUUCCUUCAAUCAAUCUAAAGCAGUUAUUGAUUGCAUGUGCUAAAGCUCUCUCUGAAAACUACAUCAAUGAUUUUGAUAAGUUGAUUGCAAAGACUAGAGGUGCUGUAUCUAUCAGUGGAGAACCAAUACAGCGUCUUGGCGCUUACAUGGUAGAAGGGUUAGUAGCAAGGAAGGAAAAAUCAGGCUCUAACAUAUACCAUGCUCUUAGGUGUAGGGAGCCUGAUAGCAAGGACUUACUUUCUUAUAUGCACGUCCUGUAUGAAAUCUGCCCCUACUUGAAGUUUGGUUGCAUGGCAGCCAAUGGGGCCAUAGCUGAAGCAUGCAAAAAUGAGGAUCGCAUCCAUAUUGUAGAUUUUCGGAUGGCUCAGGGAACACAGUGGAUGACUCUCUUGCAGGCGCUUGCAUCUAAACCUUCUGGGCCCCCUCAUGUGCGGAUCACAGGAAUUGACGAUCCUGUUUCAAAAUAUGCCCGUGGUUAUGGAUUGGAGGCAGUUGGUAAACAUUUGGCUGCAAUUUCUCAGAAAUUCAAUAUCCCUGUUGAGUUUCAUCCUGUACCUGUUUUUGCUUCUCAAGUGACUCUGGAAAUGCUUGAUGUCAGGCCUGGGGAGGCUCUUGCUGUGAACUUCCCUCUGCAGCUCCACCACACCCCAGAUGAAAGCGUUGAUGUGAACAACCCGAGGGAUGGACUUUUGAGGAAGAUAAAGUCCCUUAAUCCAAGAGUGGUCACCUUGGUGGAGCAAGAAUCAAACACAAACACUGCUGCUUUCCUUCCUAGGUUCAUUGAAGCAUUAAACUAUUACUUGGCAAUGUUUGAGUCAAUUGAUGUGAUCAUGCCAAGGGACCAAAAGCUGCGAAUCAAUGUUGAACAACAUUGCUUGGCGAGGGAUAUCGUGAACAUUAUUGCUUGUGAGGGGAUGGAGAGGGUGGAGAGACAUGAACUGUUUGGAAAAUGGAAGUCUAGGUUUACAAUGGCAGGGUUCCAGCAGUGCCCAUUAAGCCCAUAUGUCAACUCUGUGAUUAAGAGCUUGUUGAGGAGUAACUCAGAGCAUUACAAACUGGUGGAAACAGAUGGGGCUACAUUGUUUGGCUGGAAAGACAGGGCUUUGAUCUCAGUAUCCGCUUGGCACUGAGUGUAAGAAUAUACAUAUAAAUAUAGAAACAAUAAAUCUAUCUACACUUAUAAUAAGUACUAAUUUAGAUAUCAAUGAUGAUGUGUUACCAUGUGAUUGAGUGAUUUUAAAUUAAAAAUAAAGUAGUAUUAAAUCACAUGAUGACACAUCGUUAUCAAUACUCACAUUAAUACUUAUUAUAAAUACACAUAUCAUUGCUCUUUUUGUAGCGUUAGGUUUGUACCAUUGUUCUUUUGUACUAAUAAUUCUUUGUUACAAUUUAGAUUAUACAUGCUGUCUUUAGUUUAUGAUUCAUGUAAUUAGUUCAGUCUAAAGUGGUUGGCCAAAUAAAAAAAUUUUGCAUCAUAUAUCAA